CGGCUUGGGCAAAGACUAGUAGUUCUUUGUUCGAUUGCCUCGACGUGAAUGACGAUCGUUGACGCUAUUUAAAGUUAGGUUUCACAAAAUGCAGUUUGCUGGGAGCACCGAUUUUGAUGUUUGGCCAAAAUUUGGUGCCCACUAAAGUCUGGUGCUUGGAAACGAGACCGCAUCGGGCAGUCGCGUCGUGGUCGUGUCACGGUCUCUCGGCCGGAGAAAUGCGCACACAUUCUUUCAUUAGAUUAGACACUACAUGACGCUUCAUUACGGGAGAUGAGAAAGAUGUCGAUGAAAUGCAAAAUUGACAGACAUUUUUGUGUAAAUUAGUAAAAAACCAUUGAUGUCAACAGCUUAAUCUUCAGUUCUUCAGUUCUUCAGGCUGUUAAUCUGAAGAUCAUCACCUGAGGAUUGCCAACCAAUCCACCAUUAAACUCUCUUCUAGCUAAUACCAACUACUGUGGAUACAAACCUAGUUGACAUCUUUACUAGCCCAGCCCUGUUUUGUAGCGGAUAGUCAACGCCUGCAAUGCAUGUAUGUUGACAUCAAAGUCUGAAUCCUGUGCCUGUGUUGAUUGAAUCAUCUUCUAUUGGCAGUGAUACAACUUCACUCCCGCUGGCGACUUUACAUCAACAACUUCCUUGGGAUGUAAACUUCAGCGGAUGUAACUUCUGUUGACAGAAACAGUUGACCGGCAGGUUAUAGACAUUGUGUGAAUGAAACUCUAGUUUGAGUGUGAGUUUCCAGGUACCAAGGAACAGCAUCAAGCAUGGGUUUGGGCGACCUACUCAGCAAGUUGUUUGGGAGAACCAACAAGAAGGCGCAGGUGUUGUGUAUCGGAUUGGACAACAGUGGAAAGAGUACUAUAAUAAACGAACUGAAACCUAAAGAUUCCCAAGCGGAAGACAUUGUACCCACGAUUGGGUUCACCGUAGAAACAUUCAAGUCCACAGCAGUCAACUUCACCGUGUUUGAUAUGUCGGGCCAGGGAAAGUAUCGGAACCUAUGGGAGCAUUACUACAGGGAGGCUCAAGGCAUUAUCUUUGUGCUGGACAGCAGUGAUAAACUAAGGAUGGUCGUUGCUAAAGAAGAACUGGAGCUCCUCUUAAAGCACAAAGACAUCUCCCAGAAAUGCAUCCCCAUCCUCUUCUUUGCAAAUAAGAUGGAUCUCCGAGAAUCGCUCUCCUCCGUCCAGUGUACAAAGCAUCUAGAACUAGAGCACAUCAAGGAUAAGCCGUGGCAUAUAUGCGCAAGUAACGCCCUGACAGGAGAGGGACUGCAUGAAGGAAUAGAGUGGCUCACAGAUAAACUCAAGCGAUGAGAUGGACUUCAGCAAACGGGGUGGUCGGCAGAGGCUGAAGAUGACUGAAGUAUCCACCAAUGUAGGGUUGGGUUCUUGUGCCUGAAAUCCUUCGUCCUGUCAUAAAGUCACCGUAAGCCUUUGUUGAGUUCUUCAAAUUGCCGGUCAUCAAAAAUUGAAAUAUAAUGGAAAUUUUUUAAAACCCAAAACAAUAACAACAUUCCAAAAACAAAUCCAUUGUCAAUCCAAGUGGAAACUUUGGCUGGAUUUUGAGAACGAACAUUUUCUAGCCAUGUUCAGGUAUUUCCAAUGGGUUGUUUUUAAACUACGCCCAAUUUCAUAGAGCCGCUCAAAAGCAGCAAGUAUUGCUUACAUGUUCUUUUAUUUACUAAGCAGAAAUAAGCAGGAUAUCAUUUUGGCUGGUAACCUGAUUCUGGUUAGCAUGAUUUUGUGCUGUGCUUAAGCAGCUCUAUGAAACUUGGCCCUGGUUUUUAACAGAAACAUGAAAAACUGUUCGUAAGGGUGUAAUGCAAUCUUACAAAAACAGACCUGAUGCACUGUUCCGUCACAAGCAAACACAUUUUGUAUCUUGUAAAAAUAUCUGAGAGGCUAUGCACGUACUAAGUAAUCUAAAUGUUAUCAUCUUCCUGUAUCCUCUUUCAAUAUUUUUAUGGUUAUUUAAGGAAGUUUUAGAAUGUUUGAAAUGAUUGGCUCGCUCCAUUGAUAUCACAGGUACUUUUAAGUUGCCGAAAGAAAUGUAUGUGCUCACUCGUGGGAUUAACUUUGGGAUUUCAAUUUUAAAAUAAAAAAGUUCUGCUUUCUUUAUUACCAAAC